UGGCGAGUAGGGCGGCGCUGGAGCGCAGUUUGCGCUUGCGCUCGAGCGUGCGCGUGCACCACCGUCAUCCCCCGGUGCUGCCUGCGCGCGCGAUAUCGGGAGCGGAGGGGCAAACGCGUGCACAAAAGCUCCGGGUCACGGGGAUAAAUUCGGGGAGCUGCUUUCAAAUACCGCAGUGCUUUUUUCAUUAAAAAAAUUGUUAGGGGUGUGUGCACCCCUGCGUCCCCCCGGAAAAAAGCACUGCAAAUACUUGAGCAUCUUCUUGCUUGCACAGAGCGCACGGCUGUUCGUUCGUUUGCAUGACAGCCGAGGCCGAGCCACUUUGCAAUAUAAACUAGGCUGAAGGCGACAAGAUGCUUGGGGGGGGGGGAUAAAAUAAAAUUCCCCCUCCACCCCACUUACAACUGACUGGAGGGGGAGGGGAAAACAAAUAGGCACAAGUUUCUGACAAUCUGAUGCGCAGGGGGUGACUUGCAAGGUUGCUGCAGGUGAACGGGUGCCGCUCUGCAGUUUGAUGACCUGUGGCUCAAAAAGACAGGCAUUUGAGGUUUUUCGAGCCGCCAAGCAGACAGUUGCGCAAAGGCUAAAUAACUGACGCGUGCGAUUUUUGUUGGGUUUCGUUUUGUUUGCAGUGUCAUGUGAGAGAGAUGCAGGGCCAUAAGAACCAGCUGAGCUUUACUUCACCUUCCUUGUUUUCCUGGAUGAAGUUCGAAUGAAGCUGACCAAGCUUUUGUUUAUUUAAAACAGUGGUAGUCAUUCUUUUUUCCCCCUAAUGUAUAUUCCCAGGUUUGUUUUCUACAAAGGAGUUGCAGUGGCAAUCUUCAUGAUUGUCACAGCCACGCGGCCCACGCCCCUUCUAAGGUUGUACAGCAUUCUAAGAUUACACAUCAAUCUUAUAGUUAUUAUUGUAUUCCUAAUUAUUAUUGAGAGCACUAGGAUAAGAUUGAGGGCACUAGGAGAAGGGGACGACAGAGGACGAGAUGGUUGGACAGUGUUCUCGAAGCUACAAACAUGAGUUUGACCAAACUGCGGGAGGCAGUGCAAGACAGGAGUGCCUGGUGUGCUCUGGUCCAUGGGGUCACGAAGAGUCGGACACAACUAAAUGACUGAACAACAACAACAACAAAUUAUUAUUAUUGUAUUCCUAAAUAAUAAUAAUAAUUAAUGGACAUAUUGCAACAAUCAAUGCAGAUCUUCAGGCGUUGCCUUUUAGCUAGAUCUACCAUAGUUUGUGCACGUUCAUGGGCAAAUGAUUUGGAGUGGUCCAAUAUCUUUCAGAGUGACUUGUGUUUCCCUAGAAGUUCCAAUUUACAUAACAAAAGUUGCACACCAUUCUUUUGAAACGGACGCACCUAGUGUUUUCAGUGUUCCUAAAUGCUUAACUUUGGAGCAUACUGUGGCUUAAAAGCUCCCCUUUCUAGCUGAUGGGGUGACUCUAAGACACUUGAGGCAGAAAUAGUAACAUGUCUUUGAGUGGACCAGUACAGUACUGUUCAGCAGUUCUGGGCCUUAGACUGUAAGAACCUGUGCUUUUUCCAAUGGAGUAUAAACUUGGUAUUAGCAUAAUUCCUGCCUUGGAAUAAACUUUUUGGAAAAUGCAUCAUUGGCAUGUAUCCCAACGUUUUGUCAUUGUACAAUCCACGUUAAAUUGUGGUGUCUCUCAGGCCAAUCCUGGGAGGAAAAAACAUACACAUUUGCUGCUGGACAGCUGCCUUAUAUGAGAAGUGCUGGCAUUGUGUUUGGCCCAACACUUUAUUUUUCUGAAAGACCCUCUCAAGAGUAGAAUGUGUGUGCACACACGUACACACUAGUAACUGCUGCUAUAAAUAUGAACGAGGAACUGGGAAGCUGUGAUAGAUAACAAAAAAAAAUCUCAAUCAAUCUUUAUUACAGUUAAAGACCAGACAGGGUAACUUUCCCUGGGGUGACAGUAGCUGUAUGAGUUCUCCACUGUCUUAUAAUUCAUUGUCUUUUAAUGAAUGCUGAAUAAACAGGCCAUCUGGAAAAGGCCAUAAUUUUUCAUAAAAGGCACACAUGCUGAAACACAACUUUUAAAGAUUCAGGUGCCCUGCCCUGUCUUUUAACCAGGUCACUCAACCAGUACUUCAGUUGCUAUUAAAGUGCUUUAUUUCUAGGGGGGUAAAGGUGCUGAUACUCUGGGCAGUUGCCCUGGACACAAAACUUCCUUGGGAGUCAGGAAAAACAAAUACAUGUAAAACAGAGUUGCGUGUUACAGGUAGGUAGCCGUGUUGGUUUGGCGUAGUCGAAACAAAAUAAAAAAAUUCCUUCCAGUAGCACCUUAGAGACCAACUAAGUUUGUCAUUGGUAUGAGCUUUCGUGUGCAUGCGCAUGAAAGUAUCUGAAGAAGUGUGCAUGUACACGAAAGCUCAUACCAAUGACAAACUUAGUUGGUCUCGUAAGGUGCUACUGGAGAGAGUUGCAUGUUUUACUGGAACUUCAUUAAAAUAUUGGUAUGUAGUUAUUACAUGAUGUGGUAAUUAAAGGACUUGCUGCAACUCUAUACCUUGUUCUGUACUCUUAGUACCUGACUGUGCAUGCCUAUUUUCGCCACAGGGUCAUACCAUUCAUGAUUCUGCUGGGACACGGGCUCACAUUCUACUAAUGCAAAAACACCAGGCAUGCCCCACAAAUUACCCGGAGAUGCAUUUUAAAUAAAAGGACACAUUCUACUCAUGUAAAAACAUGCUGAUUCCCGGACCGUCCACAGGCGGAUUUAGAAGGCGAUUGGGCUGAAUCCGGCCCCUGGGCCUUAGUUUACCUACCCAUGCGGUACUGUGUACCAUUGUGUACUGCCAGAAAAAAAAGCACUGCUUUCAUUGUCUAAUUAUGUUGUUCAAGACAGAAAAACAGAAACCAAAAUUGCAAAGCAGGAAAAUGGAUAAAAUAACCCAGUAGGUUGUUGGCAUCUGUCUGUCUUGAGAGACAAUGGAGUGCACCUCCAGGGGUGAAGUCAAACUGUUGCAUUAGCUGCACCCAAGUGACCUCCAUGGGGCACAAGCCUGGGCAGUGUGUAUGGAGGUCCUGGGCUACCCAGACAACAAGACUGGGCUACCCAGACAACAAUCAGCCUCGCUGGUGUGGCCCAAAGGAAAGUAGUUUGGCCCCAGGUUGGCUGCAGGAGUUGCAAGAAGGAGGCGUACAAGGCCAUCCAACCAUCUUAGGGACUCCUUUUCUUUUCCCAAAGAUACCGCACAAGGCAGUGGAAGUUUAGGGCCAGAGUUUUCCUUAUCCUAGCUAGGGUACCUUCCCAGGUUGAUGAGCUCCAUCUGCCCCUUCACUUCCCCCUACAGCAUGAGCAGAAACCACCUACCUUCUUGACUGUUGGACCCACUAUUACUCUUGUCUGCUCAAUCUGCUGGAGCCUGUCUUCUCAUACAGUGGAAGUCCAUAACUCGCUGUGGGUUUGAAAGCCAUCAGCUGCCCUCAUCUGGAUUAGCCAGCCAGUCGAAGCCAUUUCCUGAGGAGCGACCCCCUAUUGCAUGCUGACAACUUCUGGAAGCCGCAGAAUUAAAACUCGGAUUCAAGCAUGAAGAAAUUUAUGGUAGUGGAACCUGUGGUUGCCUUGUUCAUGUUUUUAUAUUCCAUGCCAUUGACGCAGCAAUAUGUGUAUUGGAGGCUCUGGGAGGAUAUCACCAAUUCCACCUUUGAUAAUGACAAUGCUUCUCAUUGCCACGUGAACCAAAGCGACCCAACUUUCUUGAAGCAAAAGGAAGUCCAAGAAAAAGUCUCUAUUUUUAUCUUGAAAACAGAGCUGUGUGCGGGUGCCCUCAGCAUUUUGGUAGCCUUUGUCGUCGUAGCAAAUGGAGAACGCUGGGGGCGCAAAGUAUCGCUGGUUCUUCCUAUGGUGGGGAGUCUUGUGAGCACCAUCUUCCUCUGUGCUAUAUCCUAUUUCUCGCUGCCCCUCUCUCUCCUAUUCAUUUCGGCCUUCAUUACUGGGCUGUUUGGAAGCCUAGCAACCUUCCUCGGCGGUGCCUUUUCCUUCAUAGCUGACCUUUGUGAGAAUGAGAAGCAGAAUACCAUCCGAAUAGCGGUGAUCGACUUCAUCCUUGGAGUGGCCUCUGGAUUGGGAGGACUGUCUUCAGGCUACAUUUUAAAAGCUUUGGACUUUACCUGGACAUACGUGGUGAUGUCACUGCUUCAUGUGGUCAACAUUUUGUAUGUUAUGUGUUUCUUGGAUGACACUGUCCGGGUAUCUGAUGAUGAGCCAAAGUCUCUGAAAGAAAAGCUCAAGGAAACCUUUUCUGGAGUUUAUGACUUAUUUCGGAAAUCUCCCUGUAGGAAACGGACUCUGAUCGCAUUGUUGCUUUGUACAUUCAUGACUUACUUGUUCAUAAUGAUCGGCGCGCUUUCUCUUUACACAAUCUAUGAACUGAACGCUCCGCUCUGCUGGAAUGCCAUCUACAUAGGAUACGGCUCAGCUGCAUCUACUGUUGCGUCUCUGAUUGGCUUUCUAGGAAUCCUUGUCCUUGUCAAGUACUUAAAGGACUUUUACCUUGUUUACCUCGGGAUCUUCUCUUACAUAGGAGGAGCCGUCAUGGCUGCUUUUGCCAACACUACGUUGCUGAUGCUUUUAGUGAGAGUGCCUUCCUUGCUACUUGCAAUGCCCAUUCCGGUCCUUCGGUCCAUGUUGUCCAAAUUAGUUCUUCCUAAUGAACAAGGAGCUAUAUUUGCUUGCAUCGCCUGCUUAGAGGUCGUGAUGGGGACUCUUGGACUUGUCACGUUCAAUAGUCUUUAUGCUGUGACUGUGGGCUGGUUUCCAGGCUUCUCCUUCCUCUUCUCAGCCGGCCUUUGCAUAAUUCCACUGAGCACGCUGAGCUGGUUUCUGUAUGCCACUUGGCAUGAAUAUCACUGUGCACUACUUAUAAAUGAAGAAGACUCCCUUGGGGAGAAUGCUGACAGCUGAACAGAGAAUUUGUCUAAUGGCUAGCCCUCCUCUCCUGUUCUUCUAUCAUGGCCAUACCUGUUGACUCCAUUGGCACAGCUAAAGAAGGAUCUGAUGUGUCCGUUGUUAGAUCUCUACAAGAAUUGACCAUCCCAGGUUUGCUGCUGUCCUUGAUGGUACAUAGGAUGCUGCGCAAAGCGGUAGCAGAGAAGAGAGUCGUGAAUGGUGUUUUCAGUCUGUUGCUAUUCUGGGGCGGGAUUCAAUCGCAAGCUGGCAAAUUCGCAAUGACAGUUGAUUGGGAGGCCUUGCGCAACAAACCUGCUUUCUCAAAACAUCAGGCUUUUUGCAGUAAGGAAAGUGACGGGGAAAUGGACUGGAAAGGAUAGGGUCGCUGGACACAACGUCGUCUAGCCUCUCCACAAACAAAUCGGGGUGAAUGCUCACUAAAUAGCCAAUGUAGCAAACAGAUCAGGAAGGAACGCUCAGUAAACAGAUUGUCUGGAAGCACCCAAAGCACUGCCUUGGUUGUGCUGUUUCAAAGGCAAUGGGCAGUUGGCCAUUGCUGAAACAGGAGUGAUGUCAGAACUGGGAUCAGGCCCUUGAUGUCUUGGUGCACCUGCGCAUGGCUGUUAAUGUUUCAGUGCAAUCAGUAGCAGAUAGUGUGGUGCUGCUGCUCACCUGAUCUCAGGUUGGGUUGGUUGUCGCUCCUGCUUACUGGAAGAGGCAAGGUGUCACCAUGUUUGGACACAUUUCUGUUCUCUCAUCAUUUUGAAAUGCCCCGGCCUUUGAGUUUCGGAAUUCUGUGACUCCUGUAUUAAUCAGACUUUCUUGUGUACACCAGCACGUCUGUGAUGCAUACCUGCUUGCAAGGAAGUGGAAAGAUGGGCAGUAGUGAUGCCACUCCCUCAGCAAGGAAAUAAUGCACUUAAUUUGCAUGCAAUGCAAUCUUAUGUGUGACUAUUCAGAAAUAAGCCCAAUUGGGUUCAGUAGGACUUACUUACAGGAUUGAACUAUUAUACAGUCACACCUUGGUUUUCAAACAGAAUGCAUUCUGGAAGUCCGUUCGACUUCCGAAACAUUUAGAAACCGAUUGCGCAGGUGCACCAGAAAUAAUAGUGGAAGCCGCAUCGGACGUUCGGCUUCCAAAAAAAGUUUAAAAACUGGAACACUCACUUUCGGGUUUCGAUCGUUCGGGAGCCAAAACGUACAAGUAUCAAGGCAUUUGAAAACCAAGGUACGACUGUAUAUUGAUAUGUAAAUAGAAUUAUCUACUCUUGCAACAGGAAGGUCGUGUUUGUGUUGCAGAGGGAGUAAGAAUCACAGGAUGGGUGAAGUGCUGUCAACAAACCCUGUUUGAGCAAUUGUAGCUGUGGAGGUCCUACAUAGCUUCCCCAAUUUUUGUGUGACCACAUCUGCAAGCAAGCCCUGUGGCCAGACAAGGUUAAGAAAAUACAGAAACUGAGCCAAUUAUUUUUAAAAUAAUUCUGAACAAACCUGAUUCUUCUUUACACAGAGGAGAGGCAGGUGCCUUGAAUGCAGUCUAUAAUAAUGAUUGGCAAUCUUUGGCUUGGAAUCUAAGGUAAGUUAACUUAAGGAACAUAAUGGAAAAAAGGCUUCCAUCUCCUGUUCCACCUCUGUAGCCACCUGAAUCCCUCCCCCUGAAAAAAGCCACUCUGGAAGGUUUUGUCUCCCUCCCGAAUCAUGUAGGAUGGGAUGCUAAGGGCUAUUGGGAGAGCUGGAGAAUCAACUGGAAUUGGGCUUGGAUCAAAGAAUUAUAUGGAAGGAAAGAUUUCACCCAACAGCUCCACGCACCCUGUCCCACAUUGUACAGGAAGGGCCAGCAAACCUCUGGAGAGGCUUUCAUGAUGGCAGAGGAGAGGAGAGGAGGGGGCAGCCAAUUCCAUGAACUUCCAUAAGUUAACCUAUUUUAUGAUGCAUACAAUUGUAUAAAAUGCCGCUGUGAUUUAUCUUGUGUUAUUUUUCUUAAAUUGUUCUAUUGGGCCUAAGAAUGGGCGGGUCUUUCAAUUUCAACAUCAGUUUGCAAAUUCUUUCAUUUUAAAAAAAGGUCAGAAGAAAAAAACCAGCAUUUUAGUACAAAUUUCUCCUACAUGCACAUUUUUGUAUGCAAUGUUGUCAUUUUUGCAAGUAGUAUCCACUAUUAUAAUGCAUUUUUAUGCGCACUUUACCUAGUUUGUAUGAAUUGCUUGGUUAGAGAACUGCAUUGCAAAAUUCAAAGAAGUCUGAAUUUCAAAGGAUGACUGUAUUUGGUUCAUAUAUUUUCAGGAGUUAGGAAAAUUUGCCUUUAAAUGUGAACCGAAUCCCUCAUUAGCCUGGCCUACUAAUGCAUUUAAGUAUACAAAAGGGAGGAUUAAUCAGUAAUGUUUGCUGUAUGCUGCCCCCCCCCCAACAGCACUUUCUACGGCGGAUAAAAGAGGAUAUGUUGUAAACAAAAAGGAAAAAGAAAAGAAAAAGACCCUAAAGUAAUUGUAUAUUUUGUUUAAGGAUUGACUUGUUAAAUUAUUAGGUAGUGUUUCAAUUGAUUCAUUUGAUAGGGUUGGUUCACAUGAAAACAAAGAGCAAGACCUUGCUAUUCAGGAUAAGCAUGUUGAACCUGUGAAGCCUGCAGUGGAAAAUGUAGCUGCCUGCAGGGUAGACACUACGUAAUGUUUUGGGCUGCAGUUCAACACAGGAUUAGGUGUGCUUAAAACUCUUUCGAAAUAACUGGAUUUAAAACUUGCCAUCCUGAGAACACUCACAUGGCCCUUCUGCAUACCUGCCAAGUUGCUGUCAGAGAAAUAAGGGACCGGGCCGGAAAUAGCAGACCGGAAGUAGCGCUGCCGCCAUUUUGGAACUGGGCGGAGCAUGCUCAGAAGUGACUUUUGAUGCUGCUUUGCCCAGUUCCAAAAUGGCCACCAUGCCAGAAGUCGCACUGCAGCCAUUUUGGAACUGGGCAGAGCAGCAUCAAAAGUUGCUUCUGAGCUUGCUCCGCCCAGUUCCAAAAUGGCUGCCGCGCCAGAAUAAACCAGGAAAAAACAAAAAAAUCAAUUUUUUUCAGCUAGGAACAGCUGGAAAAAUGGGGAUUUUUCGGGGUAAACGGGAGACUUGGCAGCUAUGCCCUUCCGCUUCCUUAAGUGAAACCCCAGAGUCUGCCAUACCUGCCGCCGCCACCAUUACGGGGGAUGGGGGGAAAUAGGACAGCAGGCGGGCAUUCUUGCUUGUGUGUGGGUCAGGCACAGUGUGCCACAGAUAUAGAGUGGCGUUUUGGAACUCCACUCUUGGCCCACACUCUGUGGUUUGGUUGUGGGUGUAGGAAUGCUGGCCAUUUUCCAAACGUCUGGUAGUGCUGAUUGCAUUCUCCAGUGAUGGCCGGGGUGGUUCAGCCAGUGAAAUAGUUACAACACAGGGAAAGGCAGGAGAAGAACAGGCUGGUUGGCUAGAUGGGGGUGAAUGGGGAAGUGGAAGCCUGUGUGGUGUGUGUGUGUGCAGGGCCGGCUCUAGGUAGACCCCCGGUGGCGCAGGGCACCAUGGCGCUGGCCCGCCAGGAGGGCGCCACGAGCUGCGCCCGCCCGCUGGCUGGCCGGUCCGCCAACCGCGCUGUGCCUGCCCGCCCGCCGCGGCACCGCGCAGCAGGGGGCGGGGCGGGGGGGGCGCCAGAGUGAUCCGUUGCUCCGUGGCUCCAGGGGCGCUUAAGAUGGCCCUGUGUGUGUGUGUGUGUGCGUAAGCCAAGAGGGGGGAACUUCUGUGUUUGCACGUGAAGGAAUAUUUGUGUGAGUGAGAAGAUGAAUGAUGGUUGAAUGAAGAGAAGGAGAGAGAGAGAGAGAGAGAGAGAGAGAGAGAGAGAGAGAGAGAGAGAGAGAGAGAGAGAGAGAGAGAGAGAGAAGUGCUCCCCCCUCCCCACAUUUUGGACCACAUUCCAAUUUUGGACAGUUUUCCCCCAAGCGGAGAUGGCCCUAAACCCCCCAAUAACCUUUCUCAUCUUCUUACUGGAAAGAAAGCCUUGUCAAUAACGUUUUCAAAAUCAAGAAUUUUAUAUUUUGUCUCUCCUUGAGCACUUUAACAUUUUUCUCCCCUCUGGUCUGGAGAAUCUUCCUCAUUUCUUUUUACAACUCUUUUGAGCUCCUGUGAUGGAACCAGAGCUGUGCAUCUAAUUAGUUACAGUUAAUGUGCUGUGAAGUGUAAUUUUGUACUUGCAUCGCACUUUUCAUCUUUCAGAGCGCUGGGCAAAUAUGUAAGUCAUUAAUCUUCUCGAUGCUGCUCUGAGGCAGGUACUCUUUGCCAGCUUCACUUUCCACCUCUGGGUGGGCAACCUUUUAAUAUCGAACUUGUCUCAGGGCCACAGAGCAAAUUAAUAUUAGGGAUUGAGAUGAUAAAACAGCUUCUGCCUUUUGGGUUUAUAUGCUCUAUAAUGACAGUAUGUAUAGAGAAUGCCAUUCAAUGGCGUCUGUCCUCCCCACCCCCACCCCGCCCAGCAUAAAAUAUGUUGUUAACACCUGGCGAGUUUUUCAUAUAGCUAACAUUUAGGAUGUUAUUUCCCCACUUGCCAUAUAUUGCUUUGCCGUAUCAUGAAGUGCUGAGGUGCUUUCAUGCUGGUGGUUUUAUGAGAGUUCCUUAGUGACUUCUAACGCUCCCUCUCAGUCUCUGUGAUCCACACACCUCUCUCCCCCAUAGAUCAAAUUAGAUGUUCAUGGGAAGAUUGUGAUAAGUCUCUGAAAGGGUUUUUUAAUGAACCCUGACUGCCGUCAGGAGUGAGAGAACAGCAGGAGGUGGGGUGGGCAGCACUUCACUUUCCUGCAGUUUGUCCACUCAGAAUUUAUUUCCCCCCCAGUUGCUUAUCUCCCUGCGAGGGAAAAAUAUCUGGGUUCUCAUCCAUGCAGCUGGUUUAUACAAUGUGUGCUGUUGAAAUGAUAUUUUAUGUUCUUUAGGGGUUGUUUGUGUCCGUGAUAUUGCUGUGUUUUACUUUGAUGAACUAACAUUCAUUAAUUUGGGGAACCUUUCGGUUGGAAGCUUGGCUAUAAAUCCAAGUAGUAAUAAUAACAUUUUUUCCUACCCUCUUGCUUUACUCAGACUGCAGCGUUACCUAGCAAGUUCCAUUUUUUAAAAGUCCAGAGACUGGUUGAUGUUAUCUCCUAUGUAAUGUCUGC